AUGUCGACGUUAGGGACCAGCUACUAUGUGGACUCUCGCAUUCUUCCGGAGCAGGAGGACAUGAUGGCACCGAGGUACCCAUCAGCUGCAGCGGGGGUGGAGCAGGCGGUCAGUGAAUAUGGCGGACAGGAGACUUUGCAGGCGAAAGCCUCCAUUUUUGGCGGAUCUUGGAGCAGCGUCACGGCUCCGAGCGCGGCCGCCCCGACCUACAUCCAUCACCACCAGUACGCCAGCGGGGACUGCGACGGCGUGUUCGCGCGCUCCUCCUGGGCGCUGGAGCCGGUUUCGGCGUCGCUGUGUUUGGCGGGGAUCCCGCACUACGACAUCAAACCCGAGCCGCUGAUCUCCGGCGCAGAUUGCGCCACUCUGGAGACGCACACUCCUCUUUUGUCUGACAUUGAGAGCGGAGCGAGCCUCGCGGAGAUCCAAACCUCCCCCGCGUCCGGAGCCGCCGAGGAGAAGCAGGCAGAGAAAACAGAUGCGAAUAAUCCUUCAUCCAACUGGCUGCACGCAAAGCCCACCAGGAAGAAGCGCUGCCCCUACACAAAGCACCAAAUCCUGGAGCUGGAAAAGGAGUUUCUCUUUAACAUGUACCUCCCCCGGGACCGGAGGUACGAAGUGGCGAGACUUCUGAAUCUGACCGAGAGGCAGGUAAAAAUCUGGUUCCAGAACCGCAGGAUGAAGAUGAAGAAGGAAAACAAAGAGCGGCGGAAACAAAGCUGA